UUUAAAAGCCACGGUACAGUAGUAAAUGUAGGCAUAUGUAUGGGUGACUUGUGAAACUUAACCCCCCAAAAAUAUAAUAAAAUGCCUUGUUUAGUUUGAUUUUUUUUCUAUCAAGGUAUAAUGGAAACGAUAAAAGAAUUAUUUCUCCGAGGUAGAGAUGGGCGGGGUCAACCAAAUGAAGAGAGAGAUGACGAGGGGACGGAAGAACAAACGGAGGACGGAAGCAGACUUCAUGACGCAGGUCCCGUUACACGCCGGACAGCCAUGGGGGAGUACAUCGUUCCCAAAGACGGCAAGCCGCUGACACAACUCGCGAUACCUCUUCCGGGUCCAGCUGAUUAUGAUCCCAAGAUCGACCUGACCCGUAGGACAAGACCACAAUUCUCCAUCGUUGGACGAACCAAGCAAGUGAAAGCUCCUCCCAUACCCGGUGCGGCAGACUAUGAUACGCUGGGAGACCUGAUCUGGAAAGACAAGAAGAAAACUCUGAAAGACAAAGGGAAGACUUGUCCUCACGGCACGACACCCUCCCACCACCUGACAUGCAGUCCCGGUCCGGCCGGCUAUCGAGUCACCCACACCGACACCGGCAAGCACGCGCCACGUAUCAGCGUUGCGUCUCGUCAUCUGGACGGUGUCAACGUGGGACACCCCAACAGCCUCGUCCAACCAGUCGACACGCACGGUGUCCAGACCCCAGGAUCCAGUCACUACCACCCAGAGUCACACGCCCUUAACGACCAGAUUCACAAAUCCUUUGGCAUCAACCGUAAAAUAUGCAAUAAGACUUUGGGUCCCGGACCCGCUGGAUAUACCAUACAGGAGGGACAGCAGGGACCAGCGCACUCGCUGUCGAAGCGGCUGCCAGCGAAGUGGCAGCAAGUGACGGACUACCCAGCGCCAAACGUGUACGAUGUGGGCACCACAAUGGGCAAAGGGGUAGCCAUGGGAAUCAGAAGCCGCCAGCCCCUACAACAGAAGUAUUGGGUACCCAGUCCCAACACGUACAUUCUCAGGGACCCGUUGCGAUACUCUGACGCCCCCGUUGCUUCUGUGACUUAUCGACCGUUUUCACCCACGUUGAAGACGUGGCCGAGCCCGGCCCACUACAAGCCCACUGACGCCACGCUGCCCAAAUCGUCCACGUUUUCCUGCAGGAAAUUCUGCAAACCGUGCUUUCCGGAUAUCCUGAAAUAUCCAGCUCACGCACCGGAUACUACACCUGGUCCAGGAACCUAUCAUAGUCCCAGGAAGUUCACAGACAACGAUUACCCAGCAUUCUCUAUGGGGUCAAGACCCAAGCCAAAGACAAAUGAUGUACCGGGAGCGAACCAUUACCACAUCCGGGUCAGUCACCGGCCUGACGGUAAAAAGGCGCCAGAGUUCUCCAUGGCCAAGCGGUGCUAUCCGCCACACAAGAAUGAAAAUCCAGGCCCUACCGUGUACAAUCCUCCGAUAGACACCAAUGACGGGCCCAAGCACAGCAUGAGUAAACGCUGGGACGCCCGUUCAAAAACAGCCCAUCCAGCUCCCAACUCCUACGACAUAGCCAAAGGUCAGACCAGCAGAGGGCGUUUCACGGGACCCUUAGCAACGGUCAAAGGUCGCGCUUCGUCCUACGUCUAUCCAGGCUACGCGCUCCAAAAUUCGGCUCGAUUGUUGGAUUCGUAAUUUGCUGCCCAGCUUUAACUGAAAAUUCAUCAGAUGAUGUUUGCUAUUUAAAAAAAAAAUUGUCUGUCAUGCUGAUGUCAAAAUGCAUGUUUUUUAAAUUUAUUUAUUUUAUAAGAGAUUUGCCCUCUGAGAAUUUGCAUGGUGUGUGCUCAAUCAUUACAAAAAUAUUUCGCAGUCUCCAUAUCAUUUUAACAAUAAAAAACAACACGAAAGAAACAAUGGGAUUAAAGAAUCAAUUUUGGUGAAUAACAUGAAAAGCGAAUUUCAUGCUCAAAUCUGCUUUUCAAAUCAUGUUAAACAAAGCAAAUCGAUGGUCUCCCAAAGAAAGAAUAUAAUGCAGGUUACUUUUUCAUGUUUCUGCUUACCAAAAAUAGAUUUAUUAAUCAGCGAUUCAAAAUCUUCUGAAUCAUUCUAUAUAUAAAAAUCAUCCUUCAGCAUAUGUUAUCUGCUAACAACUUUUUAGGACAGUAAGCCUUCAAACUGGCCCAUUAACAAACACAGAAAACACAUCGGUCACGUUUAAGCUAAUGUGCGCAUGUUCAAAAUGACGCAAACAAAGUGUGCGUUCGCGUAGCUCAUCCGGAUCGACUCGGGUAAAGCAUUCCUCAAUGGGUAAAGGCAGACGGUUAGCCACGACAGCCGGGCUAAUCGAACGCUCAACCGCGGGCCAUCACGAUCCUCACAAGAUGUCCAUUAGCCACCGCCGUAACCAUUCGCUCGUACCCCCGGCCCCGCCCUGCAAACAGGAUGCUGGGACAGGCUGAUGAAUUAACGCUCUGAUUGGAUAGAUUUUGCGUGACAUGUGACCUGCAAGUCAUCAUGGCCACGACCCUGCAAGGCAAGUUAAACGGCCGUUAAGACUGAAUCAUAACCCUUUUAUUCCAAUUCAUGUGGGUUUUUUUUCGUUGAAAAGCAUAAAUGUGGGACAAUCUGUAAAAAUUAUCUGUUUUGUAAAUUUUCCAUUCCCGUCACGUGCUCAGGCUCUCAAACUUUGUCCAUAUGGUCCGCAAUGAAAAAUAAAUCACAUCCGGUAUGGAAUGUUUGCAUUUCUGUGAGAAAAUGUUCGGAUAGCAUUUGCGUGCAUAGGCUAACUGCGGUCUUUAACAGCUGCAGCCAGAUGUCUUUAUACAUAGGUCAUGAUAAAUUAC